CUGAGGUCGAUCUAAUCGACUGGCCCCCUUCCCCAAAAAAAAUUUCGGGCUUCGUGGCUAGAGUAGAAAAGAAUAUUUAUCUAUAUAGCAGAGAUAGUAAGAGUGACAUCGAUAAGAAAUUCAUUCAGAAAGGGGAGGAGCCACUCGAAAGUCCUGUUAUCAUUAAGUGCUGUUGUGAGGGGUAAGAGGUUUCUGCAAUAGACACAAAAUACAAAUUUGUUUUUGGUCAUAGCUGCUAUUGAUAUUCGCCUAAAAACAAUUUCUUUAGCCAAAGCUGCGGUGGUAACAAUAGGCGACUGCACGAAUAAUUAGUUAUUCGAAUAACUAAUAACAAAGUUAUUACAAAUAAUUUGUAAACAAUGGCGGGAAAAUAUGAAAGCAUCGAAAGUAUCCUGAAAAAACAUUUGCCACCUGAUGAACUGAAUGAAGUGUGGCGUGUUCUCUACGGAAAAGCACUACGAAAAUUGGCAAUUCCAGUUGAAGCUGAAGAAUUUGCAAAAGAAAAGAAUUUUGAAAUUAAGGGCUAUACAUUUGAUGCUAAAGUAGAAGAUAUCCGACCUCAGCGCCUUGUCCGUAUUGGAGCUAUCCAAAAUCAAAUUAUAGAGAGUACCUCUGCUUCAAUCACUGCACAACGUGAUGCUAUUCACAAUAGAAUAUGUAACAUUAUCAAGGCUGCCUCUCUAUGUGGUGUCAAUAUUCUGUGUCUUCAAGAAGCAUGGCAUAUGCCAUUUGCCUUCUGUACUCGAGAAAAGUAUCCAUGGUCUGAAUUUGCUGAGAAUGCUACAACUGGACCUACAACCAAGCUGUUGCAACAGAUGGCUAAGAUGUUCAACAUGGUGAUUAUCUCACCAAUAUUGGAGAGAGAUGAGGUUCAUGGCGAUAUCCUUGCUAAUACUUGUGUGAUCAUUUCAAACAGUGGCAAUAUUAUUGGAAUCACACGUAAGAACCAUAUCCCCAGAGUUGGGGAUUUCAAUGAGUCUACUUAUUAUAUGGAAGGCAAUACUGGACAUAGAGUGUUUGAGACAAAAUGGGGUAAAAUUGCUGUGAAUAUUUGCUAUGGUCGCCACCACCCUCAGAAUUGGAUGAUGUAUGGUGUAAAUGGAGCUGAAAUAGUUUUUAAUCCAUCUGCCACAGUUGGAUCACUGAGUGAACCAUUGUGGCCUAUUGAAGCUCGAAAUGCAGCCAUAGCAAACAGUUAUUUUACUUGUGCUGUUAACCGAGUUGGAACAGAGACCUUUCCAAAUGAAUUUACAUCAGGAGAUCACAAACCAGCACAUAAGGAUUUUGGGCACUUUUAUGGAUCUAGUUAUAUUGCAGCUCCUGAUGGAAGCCGAACUCCAGGUCUUAGCCGUAACAGAGAUGGUUUGCUGAUAUCUGAAGUAGACCUUAAUCUCUGCCGCCAAGUAAAAGAUAUUUGGGGUUUUCGAAUGACCCAGCGUCUUGACCUGUAUGCAGAAUCUUUAACUGCUGCUGUGAAGGAUGACUAUGUUCCACCUGUUCUUAAAGAAUAGAUUUCAACAAUAGCAUGCUUUUAUCUCUAAUUAAAGAAUA